AUGCUCAGGCCAUGGCCCCGCACAGAGAUUCGCCUGGACAUUUGGCAGUUCAUGCAAAGAAUCGCUGCGGGAUGCACGACUGACUCGCACGCCUUUUACGCUGAAUUCAUGAACAGACUUGGCCACAGCAUAUUCAUAUGGGAUGAGCGUGAUGUCCAAGCACUCAAAGAGGCCAAACGGGCAGAGCUGGAGGAUGGGCAGACGCAGCUUUCCGAUGCAGACGUCACGCGUCACAUCACCAGGGCUGAGAUGGCGCUACACUGCAAGAGGACCACCAGAAGUAGCAGUGAGAUGGAGGAACUCAUAAACGAGCUGAUCCAGGUCUACGAUGGAGAGACAGGCUGCGACCCUCUUGGCGUGCCUCUCAUUAACUCUGUGAGGAUGGCAGAGAUCUGGGAGGAACAGAAGAAGCACCUCCCCUGCAUCCAGGACCCACCAGGCGUGCAAUUGUACACGCAGACAGGGACCCUGCACAAGGGGCAUCACAGUCUGCCCACCUACAGAUGUGCCAGGGAGUCCACUUCACUGCAGCGUUUCCAUCUCCACAUAAACAGCUUUAUCCCAGGAACUUUAGCCAGUGCCACGUUGUUUCAGGCCUAUCUGGUGGAGGGCAUUGCGAGGUGGAAUGAGGACAGGGCCAUGGCAGCAGAAGGGAGAGUCAUGUCCCAGAGUGACCGCCUCAGGCAAGCUGCCAACCAGCUCGCCUGGGAGGUCAUGGGAAUUACGCCGAUGGACUGCACAGGGUCACCAAAGUAUACAGGUGAACUCAUAGGUGUGGAGUACUUGUACGACCAAACUGGCAGUGCUCUAGAAGAUUACAAACUUACUCUGUCAGCGCUGGAGACAGAAGAGGUGACCGUGGCAGAGGACGAGGGCUACGUGGAGCGAGUGAAGCUUGAGGACUUCACCAUCCCCAUGCCUGACGAGUCUGAUCCACCUGCUUCUCCCAGCACAUUCAGAUCUGCUCUUUGUUUAUUCCCUCUCCCCACCUCAACAACCUCAACCAACUCAGCCACCUCAACCAACUCAGUUAUCGCUGCUGCACAUUCUGCCCUUGCUGUCCGGUCAUCUCCUCUCCCCACCUCAACCACUAAAGACAUGACGUCUACACCUUCUGUUCUUCCUGUCCUGCACAGCUCCACCUGGCCAUUGGGCCUGGUGAGCCAUCGACGGCUCCAGCUCAGCAUCCCCUGCCUGAAGCUGGAGCACUGCAGUCUUCUCCUGCACUGUCCUUCGCUGGCCCCAGGCCGGUCCUAAUUCUACCCAGACCGUGUCCAGAGGGUCCCACCAAUCAACUGACCCCAACUAGGCUGUUGCUUCCUGCCGGAGCAACCCUGGUGACCGUUGGUUCUUCACUGGAGGUCUCAAGGCCACACACCGGUGCGGCAGCGGUGCCAUACUCAACCCAAUGCUACAGGAAGAGGAAGUGGGAGAGAGGCACACACACUCGCAAGUAUGUCAGAACAAGAGUUGUGAGCAUUUGUAAACAGUGCUAUAAAGAGAGAAAGCCACCCACCCACGUGCAAUACUAUGGCAAUUGGUACUGUGAAGAGACUGCUACUGUCAAACUAUCUGAAUGGAGAGAAAGCAUGGCAGCCAAAGGCUAUGGAAAAAAGAAAUACACAUAAAAUAUAUUGUAAUACAUUGUAUGGUGCAUAUUGGUUUUAUUUUUUAAAGGAAAAUAUAUGAUUAAGGCUGGAAAUUGUAGGAAAAUGUGCGUGAUUAAAAGGUUUGAAGA